AUGGACAACAACAGUAGUUACAGUCAUAGCAAGGUACCACAGUUUGAUGGAACAGGUUAUGAUUUUUGGCGCAUCAGGAUGGAAACAUAUCUGAAAUCAUUGGGCUACGGUGUUUGGAUGUCUGUGAAGAAUGGAUACAAAAUUCCCACAAGUGAUAUAACUGAUACAGUUGAACGCAAGACGUAUGAAAAUAACUCUAAGACUAAGAAUGCACUUUUGAGUGCAUUGGUCAACACUGAGUUUGCCAGGGUUGUUGGAUGUGAGACUGCUAAAGAAGUGUGGGACAAGUUACAGAAUGUCCAUGAAGGUGAUGAGAAGAUCAAAGAGGCAAAAGUACAACACUAUAGGUCACUGUUUGAUAAUUUGAAGAUGUCUGAUGAAGAUACAGUGGAAAGCUUCAUGAGCAAAGUGCAUGAAAUUAUAAAUGCCAUCAGAAGUCUUGGUGAGGAAAUCAAGGCUGCAGUGGUAGUAAAGAAGAUUCUCAGGUCCUUGCCGGAUCUCUAUAACCCAAAGGUGUCUGCUAUAGAAGAGUCAAAGAAUUUGAAUGAGUUGAGUUUAGAUGAAUUGCAUGGUAUAUUGACAGCAUAUAAAAUGAGAAUGGUGAAGCCUAAAUCCACAGAGAAGGAGUUUGCAUUUAAAGCCAUGAAUAAGUUGAAAAUUAAGCAAGAAAAUGAUAAUGAAGAUUCUGAUGAUGAGCUUAUUGCCUACCUUGCCAGGAAGUUCAAGAAUGGUAAAGAUGAAUUAACAGAAGUUGAAGACUAUGAUGAUGAACUAAUGUUCGUGGUCUUAGCAAGUAAUGACAAUCAAGAGGAGGAAGAAAAAUCUGAUGAGGAUGAACAAUCAGAAGCUAAAGAUCUGAAAACUAUUUUUUAUACUACCUUAAAUGAGCUCAAGAUAGAAAGAAAGAAAAGCAAGAUGUUGGAGAAGCAGCUUGCAGUAGAAGGAGAGAAAAUCAGUCAACUAAAGCUCACCAUUGAAGAAACACAGAAGAUGACUGAAGAUAUUAGCAUUAACUUAUCUUUGAAAGUUGAUGAAUGUGCCAAGCUUGAAGAAGAAAUAGUAAAACUAAAGGUAGAAGUUGAAAUUUUGAAAAAUAAGGACUACCUUAUAGUUGCAAAUACAUUUCCAAUAGUUAGAACUGUGAAUGACAAGGGCAAGGAGGUUUCUGUUCAAGAAACUGAAGAAGAACAUGAUCAAGCAUCAAAUGGAGCUAGCAUGUUAGAUGAUCUCCUUAGUAGACAAAGACCUAUCAAUGAUAAAUCUGGUCUUGGCUAUGAGAAUAGAAGUUCUUCAAAGAGAGUGAAGAUAAAAGGGAAUGACACUGCACAUAAUCCGGUCAGGUUUGUUCGUGAGAAGAGAAGAGGUUCAAGACAUAUGAAUUCUACUAGCAAGAAGGUUGACGAGGAUGGAUUUACUACUAGUAACAGAAUGUAG